AUGCCACAGCCUCCUAUACAUGAUGACAAUAUGAACGCGGUCUCGCCACAACGCGCUGGGCCAACAAGGCGUUACAACAGGUCACGCUGCGGAUGCUUGACCUGCAAACGCCGCAAAGUCAAAUGCGAUGAGCAGCGGCCUCGAUGCUCGCACUGCGAGAGGCUAAAUCUGGAAUGCAAAUGGCGACCCCUUCACGCUGUCGCCUUGUCUAAGCAACGAAAUGACGCCAAUGGCGAGAGGCCUACAGGCGACAGUCAGCCAAUCACAUCUCCUUCUACCGAUCGAUCACCAACUGCGUCUGGAUUACGAACGCUGCAGGCCAUGGAUGAAGUCUUUGACUACGCUAGCUUCAUGUGGGAUCCAAGUAGCAGUUUGUGGCAGCAAGAAAGCCCAGAUAUGACGACUGCCAUUGCACUUGAUGCAAAUCUUAUACUUAUCGGUCAAAGUUCUUCUGGUUCAAGCGAAAAAUUAAUGGAAUUCUUCAUAAAAUCUGCUAUACCGCCAAUUAUAGCCGGAGUCGAGUCUCAGAGAAAAUGGUCCUCAAUCCGCCAAGGCCUUGUCGCAAUGUCAAAAAGCUCCCGCGUCCUACGCUGUGCUAUUCUAGCAUUCUCAAAUACCCUUUUAUGUCGUAGCAACCCCUCUUGGGCCUUUGACGACCAGAAUCACUACCAGGAAGCCGUCAUUGAAGUAGAGGCCCAUGAUCCAGAUUCUCUCAACGAGCACAGCCUGGCGCGCGAAUGCCUCCUCGCCGCUUUAUUCUUCUUAAGCUAUGUUGACAUAAUAGAAACCAGGCUCGAUAUGGCACAUCGCUAUCUCAAACAAGCGUAUACAAUAUUCCAGAGAGGGGACAAGGCCUCUUUCUCGCACGUCGAAAAGCAGGUUCUUCUUUGGAUUCGGCUAUUGGAUGCUAGAGCGGUGUCUGCUGGAGGUGAAGGGCUAUUUCUAUCACGAGACGAUGAGAUUGAACUUGUAGAGCCUUCACCUGCGAGUUUCGAUGCUGAAACGGAUGAUACUGCAAAAAGUCAAGACGCAUCCAGCGACGACAUUGAAGAUGUUUUAUUCCAGGUCCUCUACCAGCCUGGCAUCGUCUUUUUCCAAAAGGUUCAAAGUUUCAUGGGCCGCAUUUCAAAGAUUGAUCCGUGGCAUAGGUCAAGAGGCACCGUGGAAGACGAGAUUGAUGUCAUGAAUAUUGGCGCUUCCAUUGCCUCUGACCUGCGGUCGCUAUACGAUCAGCGCCCACCGCUCAUGGACUAUGCGGUGGCCGGAAAGCUCUCAGAGCCUCACAUCUCGGCACACUUGGCUUUCACCAUCACUCGAGCUUUUCGCACAUACUUGUCCAACUACUUCGCCAGCAAAGUGCAUCUUCACCGUGUUGCUUACAAACACUUGCCAUUGACCAAAGAGGCAGCCGAUGCUCUCGCUCAAAUCCGCAAAUUGGCCCACCAGAUUUCAGCCGAUUUAGGUCCUGAAGAUUCACUUCCGGUAAAUAUGCUCUGGCCUCUCUUAAUGCUGGGGGCUGAAGAACAGGAUGAAGAGGAGAAGGCGUGGAUCAAGGCGCAAAUAAUGAGAAUGGAGGGCGUUGCCGGGAACGCAAGAAUCACGGCGCAGGUCUUGGAAGAGGUCCAGGCUCGCCAAGAAGCCACCAAAGCUCGCGCGGACAUUCGCUCCGUGAUGCACUCAGUAUUUAAUUCGUGCUUUGCGAUCUUGUGA